GACACAUGCAUAGCUGCGUCCAUGGACACUGGAAACUGUCCACGGGGCUGUCAUCUCCCCCCAUCUACACAGCGAUCUGCAGCAGUGAGCUGGAGAAGGUUCAAGAGAAAGGAGACUCUGGCAUGACCAAAGGAGAGAGGAGAUACAGUACUAAACUCAAUGAUUUGCUGGAAUCUAAGGGAUGCUUUGCCAACAUAAUGUCCUCUGGCAGAAGUGUCAGCCCCUCAUCUUCUAUUGAAACAGGUCUAAGCGUCAGUGGGCCUUUCAGCCCCGGCAGAGGGUCUGUUCACCCAGACCCUGCUGCAGAUUUGGAUCUGAAAUCCUCCUCCUCACAUUCUGAUCAGUCCUCUGAAACCUCACUGCCUGAAGCCCAAAAGGAUAAAUAUCCCCAGGAAUUCAGCCUGCUUAAGUUGCAGACAAAAGAUGGGCAGCGUCCUGAGUGGACAUUUUACCCAAGGCUUAGCAGCAACAUCCACACCUACCAUGUUGGAAAGCAGUGUUUCUUUAACGGGGUCUUCCUCGGCAACAGGAGGUCUCUAUCAGAGAGGACGAUGGACAAGUGCUUUGGGAGGAAGAAAUAUGGCUCACACUUUUCAUCUCCUCAAGUUAUUGACCCCAGGAAUGGAAUCCCAAAGGUAACUCCAGGAGAUAAUCCAUAUAUGUAUCCAGAACAGAGUAAAGGCUUCCACAAAGCAGGAUCAACUCUCCCACCAGGGAAUUUUUCACUAAUGCCUUACGAAAAGAAAUUUGAUACAUUUAUUCCACUUGAGCCUCUUCCACAAAUUCCCAACUUGCCUUUCUGGGUGAAGGAGAAGGCCAACGAGCUGAAGAAUGAGAUAAGAGAAGUUGAAGAGCUUGACAGUUGGCAGCCAGCGGUCCCCUUGCUACAGAGUUUGCUACCUGCUGGUUCUUUGGACUUUCCAAGAGAAUCUUGAACAGAAACAGGUCCAGGAAGCAGGCACUGACUGUCCUCUGGAGAGCCUUUUCCUGUUAAUUGAUUCUGUU